GAGGAGGAUGAAUGUGCCGGUGGAUUUUCUCACGUUUUUGUGCGCAGUCGUGGCCGUCACGGGGAUGGAAGAAACGAUUCUGGAUACCCGGACUGCCACGGCUGAGCUGGGUUGGACAGCGUACCCUGCAGUAGGGUGGGAGGAGGUAAGCGGCUAUGACGAGAACCUGAACACCAUCCGCACCUACCAAGUGUGCAACGUGUUCGAAUCGAGCCAGAACAACUGGCUGGUGACCACCUUCAUCCGUCGCCGCGCCGCACAGCGAGUCUACGUGGAGAUGCGCUUCACAGUACGCGACUGCAGCAGCAUUCCUCGAGUCCCCGGCUCGUGCAAGGAAACCUUCAACCUGUACUACUACGAGAGCGACCAGGUGAUCGCCACCAAGGGUGCCACCUUCUGGACAGAAGCGCCCUACCUGAAGGUGGACACCAUCGCUGCAGACGAGAGCUUCUCGCAGGUGGACUUCGGUGGCCGCCUCAUGAAGGUCAACACCGAGGUGCGCAGCUUCGGGCCGCUCUCCAAAAACGGGUUCUACCUAGCGUUCCAGGACUACGGCGCCUGCAUGUCGUUGCUGUCUGUCCGGGUCUUUUAUAAGAAGUGCCCGAGCGUGGUGCAGAACUUUGCAGUCUUCCCCGAGACCACCACCGGUGCUGAGAGCACGUCGCUGGUGAUUGCACGUGGCUCAUGCAUCCCGAACUCUGAGGAGGCUGACGUGCCUAUCAAACUGUACUGCAACGGAGAUGGAGAGUGGAUGGUGCCCAUCGGGGGAUGCACCUGCAAAGCUGGAUUUGAGCCGGACAAUGGGAAUAUCUGCAGAGCUUGUCCUCCAGGGACGUACAAAUCCACUCAGGGGACGGGUCUAUGCCUGCAGUGCCCCCUUAACAGCAGGUCCACAUCUGAGGCCUCCACCAUUUGCGUCUGCAGGAACGGCUACUACAGAGCAGACGGGGAUCUGCCAGACAUGCCUUGUACUAGUGUUCCGUCCGGUCCUCGAAACGUCAUGUCCAUCGUCAACGAGACAUCUGUGAUCCUGGAAUGGCAUUCCCCACGCGAGACCGGAGGCCGGCGCGAUGUCGUCUACAAUGUCGUGUGUAAGAAGUGCAACGCUGAGCGGCGGUCGUGCUCCCAUUGCGAGGACAGCGUGGAGUUCGCGCCGCAGCAGCUGGGCCUCACCGACACGCGUGUGUUCAUCAGCAACCUGUUGGCUCACACGCUGUACACGUUCGAGAUCCAGGCUGUCAACGGCGUGACCAACAAGAGCCCGUACCCGGCACAGCACGUCUCCGUCGACAUCGCCACCAAUCAAGCUGCUCCAUCCAUCAUUCCCAUAAUGCAUCAGGUCAGCUCAACCAUGAGGAGCAUCACGCUGUCAUGGCCACAACCUGAACAACCCAACGGCAUCAUAUUGGACUAUGAACUGCGCUACUAUGAGAAGGACCUAUCAGAAGCCAACUCGACCAUAAUGCGGACUCAGACCAACAAGGUUCGCGUGGACGGUCUCAGGCCGGGCAUGGUCUAUGUGGUGCAGGUUCGAGCCAGAACAGUUGCCGGGUUUGGCAAAUACAGCAACAAGAUGUGCUUCCAAACCCUCACAGAUGAAGACUAUAAGUCAGAGUUGAGAGAGCAGUUGCCGCUCAUUGCCGGCUCAGCAGCGGCUGGCAUAGUCUUCAUUGUAUCUCUGGUCGCCAUUUCUAUAGUCUGCAGCAGGAAGCGAGCCUACAGUAAAGAGGCAGUAUACAGUGACAAGCUUCAGCACUACAGUACAGGCCGAGAACUUUCCUUAAGACCAGAUCUGUCUAACUGCCACACCCCCAUGGGCUGCCCAACCCUUCCGGGCUCACCAGGGAUGAAGAUCUACAUUGACCCGUUUACCUACGAGGACCCCAAUGAGGCUGUGCGGGAGUUCGCCAAGGAGAUAGACGUCUCUACGGUCAAAAUCGAGGAGGUGAUCGGAGCAGGUGAGUUUGGUGAGGUGUACAAAGGCCGUCUGAAGUUGCCAGGUAAACGGGAGAUCUACGCCGCAAUCAAGACCCUCAAGGCAGGCUACUCGGAGAAACAGAGGCGAGACUUCCUGUCCGAGGCAUCGAUAAUGGGCCAGUUCGACCACCCUAACAUUAUCCGUUUAGAGGGCGUCGUCACCAAAAGCCGACCAGUCAUGAUAGUUACAGAGUUUAUGGAGAAUGGAGCACUGGACUCUUUUCUAAGGCAAAAUGACGGGCAGUUUACGGUCAUCCAGCUGGUGGGAAUGAUGCGGGGCAUCGCAGCUGGCAUGAAGUAUCUGUCCGAGAUGAACUACGUUCACCGGGACCUGGCUGCUCGCAACAUCCUGGUCAACAGCAACCUGGUGUGUAAAGUCUCUGAUUUCGGACUGUCGCGCUACCUGCAGGAGGACACAUCCGACCCCACGUAUACCAGCUCGCUGGGCGGAAAGAUCCCAGUAAGGUGGACGUCCCCAGAGGCCAUCGCUUACAGGAAGUUCACGUCGGCCAGUGACGUGUGGAGCUAUGGCAUUGUCAUGUGGGAGGUGAUGUCAUUCGGAGAGAGGCCAUACUGGGACAUGUCUAAUCAGGAUGUAAUUAACGCUAUAGAACAAGACUACAGGCUUCCUGCCCCGAUGGACUGCCCCUCAGCCCUUCACCAGCUCAUGCUGGACUGCUGGCAAAAGGACCGCAACGUACGACCACGAUUUUCCGACAUCGUCAACACUCUCGACAAGCUGAUCCGCAACCCGACGAGCUUGAAGGCCGUCACCAGCAUCUCGUCCAUUCCGUCUCAGCCGCUCCUGGACAGGUCCGUCCCCGACUUCAGCACCUUCAGCUCGGUGGAAGACUGGCUGUCGGCCAUUAAAAUGUCUCAAUACCGAGACAACUUUCUCAACUCGGGCUUCACCUCCCUUCAGCUUGUCGCCCAGAUUACCGCAGAAGACCUGCUGAGGAUAGGCGUGAUGCUGGCCGGCCACCAGAAAAAGAUCCUGACACACGUAGAAUCCAUGCAACUGAGCCAAUGCCAGUCCCCCACGGCGCUGGCAUGACUACAGCGGGCGCCGGCCGACGGGCCGGGCGUCCUGCUCAGCGUGCAGAAGCGGGUAAGCUCCGGCUCGUCGGAGUGCGCCAGGGUAGAGACGAUCAUUCUGAUCUAAAAGGAGAAGACGACAUACCUGCCUGUCUGCUGUUCAUGUGUCUGUCUGACUGCACGU